AAUAUCACGUCAAGCAGGCGGGUAGGUAAAAAGACUGGAGUUUCUCGGUCUUGUAGUCAGUAAAAUAUUGACGCGGUAUCAGAAAGAUGUCGGUAGUCUGCAUCUCUGUUGGAAGAAAAGCAGUUGCGUUUAAGAACGCAGGUGCAAUGGUGAUGGUGCGCUGGGCCCAGACAGCUGCUGCCUCUGUUCCUCAGCCCAGGAUAAAGAAAUUUCAGAUCUACCGCUGGGAUCCUGACACAACUGGUGAUAAACCACGCAUGCAGACCUAUGAGAUCGACCUCAACAACUGUGGACCUAUGGUGCUGGAUGCCCUAAUUAAAAUCAAGAAUGAGAUGGACCCCACUCUCACUUUCAGGCGUUCCUGCCGAGAAGGUAUCUGUGGCUCAUGUGCCAUGAACAUCAAUGGAGGCAACACCCUGGCUUGCCUGAACAAAAUAGACUCCAACACAAGCAAAGCAACCAAAAUCUACCCCCUUCCACACAUGUAUGUCGUCAAAGAUCUGGUGCCGGACAUGAGUAACUUCUAUGCCCAGUACAAAUCCAUCGAGCCCUACCUGAAGAAGAAGGACGAAUCACAGGAGGGCAAGGAACAGUAUCACCAAACAGUAGAAGACAGGCAAAAACUGGACGGCCUGUAUGAGUGUAUUCUAUGUGCCUGCUGCAGCACCAGCUGCCCCAGCUACUGGUGGAACGGUGACAAAUACCUGGGACCUGCUGUACUCAUGCAGGCGUAUCGUUGGAUGAUCGACUCUCGUGAUGAGUUCACGGAGGAGCGUCUGUCCAAGUUGCAGGACCCCUUCUCCCUCUACCGCUGUCACACCAUUAUGAACUGCACUAAGACCUGCCCUAAGGGACUUAACCCAGGAAAAGCUAUUGCAGAGAUCAAGAAAAUGAUGGCGACCUACAAGGAGAAGAAGUCGGCUACCUUGUGAACGCGUUCAACAUCCACCUCAAAUUUUCUAACUUAACUCCUCAAUUAUAUUUUAGGCCAUACUGAAACUUCCAUUGCACACUUGACUUUCAAGUCAAGUACAUA